AUUUUAAUUUACGUUUAAAUCUAUUUGUGUUUGUUUCAUUCCUUAUGUCUGCUGGCAGAUUGUUCAAUAGAUACGGUAUUCUCUUAUUUAGUGUUUGUAUACAUCCGCUAGACCAAAAAAAAAAUUGUAAUAAUAAUUAGUUUAAAAUUAUAUUUACUUGUUAUUCAAUAUGCAUGAAGUGCUAGUGUUCGUUUUUAAUUGCUAUUGCGUAUUAUGUAAUCUAUUUUUUAACAGUAUCAACAUUUCUUAAUAAUCCUACAAUACUACAAUAAAUAAAUAAAAGUCAGAUUUUAUUUAAAGAUCUUAUGACACGUGAACAGAUUUAAUUGAUGUUUAGCCUACUAUAAUGCUUAUAGCCGGGUUCACACAAAUCGUUUGUUGUUAAAGACAAGCGCUGUUCAAUGAAUAUCCAAAUACCGAUCAUGUUUACAAAGUGACUAAUUUAAUUUAUUAUAUUCUGGUGAUUAAUCAAAUACUCGUAAUAUUGAAAAAGCGGUGCCUUUAUCACUAGUCGUAUUCAUAUACUAAUAAAAAUGGUUAAGAGCGAGUUGGAGUCGCAACAGGAUUCCUUACAAUUUGGCUAAAUAAAGGCUAAAUAAAUUGCAACGUAAACUGGUCACCCGUCAAAUUUACAACCGUUUCAAAGGUUGAUUAACCACGAUUUUUUUGUUUCUUUGUUGGUAUAGCCACAGCGGUAAUACAUAAUAUUAACUGUCUAGCCAUGAGGCCAGGGUUCAUGAUAUACAGCCUGUUGACAAACGUGCGGAUAGACGGACAGACAGCGUAAAUAAAAACAUCAAUAUCGUAAUUCUAAAGAUUCUUUAAUUAAUUAUAUAAUGUUUUGUUUUGUGGUAUGUCACAAUUCAGUUUAGUUUUCAUAAGCAUUUUAUAAAACACGUCGUUGUAAACAUAGCACUAUUCAAGAGAGCAAAAGGUAUGAAAUAAAUAAUAUGUUUGUAGUAUUCAGUAGAAACGCGAAAGGGGCUAUUACAGUGUCAAGGGUAGGCGACAGUGAGGUUUAGAACGGGGUUUUAGGCGCCCGUGUUCGGGGCACCGGGGAAAAGUGGACAUGUUUAUAAUAAAUAUAAUUAAUUAUAAUAAUAUAUUUCACAUCUGAUUUCGUUUUUUAGGUAUCGUUUUGCAACAUUAAUAUUGUCAAAAUUAGGUCUUCCACAGAGUUAAAGUUUUUUAUUCGAUUUAAUUUUUACCAUCCAUGAAAUCGGGGUUUUACCUUAAAGUAAGUAUUUUCACCACUGUUUUAUAUAAUCGAACUCCUUUUGUAAUAGAUCUAUGAUUAUUUAACGAUACACUCCCGACUAUUUUCGGAACCAACCAAAGGCCUUAACUUAUCAAGGAACUAGUCGGGCAAACCCGAUAAAUACGCGUGAAACAUCAUUUAAUGAUUAGUCAUCCUCACAAAAGUUACUACAAAAAUAUCUAUAAUGAAAAAAGAACGCUUGAGCGAAACAUCUCGUCAAAACAUUGCGGUUGGUGAUUUCAGAUAUUGAAUAUUCAUAAAUACGAACUUAGUUAUGUUUUUGAUUAAUGUCUGACUUUUCGUCUAUAAACUUAAAACAGACAAAGAUUCAAACAUCUAAUUUAGGGAUAAUCUAAAGAUUACACAAGAUAAUCACUUUAAUACAAUCCCGAAAGAUUUAUCGGCACCCAACAUAGUCUAGAAGCAAUAAUUCUCUUCUAAAGGGGAACUAACAAGGAUUGUAAGGAGUGUUUCAUUUAGUGUCGCUCCACCCUACGCAGGACAGGUGUCUCGCUCUCCGCCACAAUAAAUAGCUAUUUACCAGCGAGUGCGGCCUGCGGUCCUUGGCGCCGGAAGGUGUUCUCAAUUUGUCGCCCGGAAUGAGAUUGUCGCCGCUUUCAGUAUUAGAAUCCGAAACAAAUAGAGAAGGGGCAAACAUUGGCAAUAAUGUUGUUCCGAAAUCAUCAGACGAACCACCUCACCAAUUUCAACUAAACCCACAAGAAAAUCAAGAACCUAUUCCGUAUCAGCACCAUGGAGGGCCAUAUCCCAAUGGGUAUAAUGGGGGUCUAUACCUAGGAGGCCAUCUGAGGCCUUUUGAUAGACCACCGCCACCACCACACCAUGAUUUCUCACCACCACAUUAUGGCGUAUCACCAUCCCACGAGAGAAGAAUUCGUCAAGAUAUUGGACCACAACCUUCUCCCCGUUACGGUAGACCUCCACGCUUUUACGGCAGACCUUAUCCACCACCAUUUCGUGGUGGACCCCAACCACCACAUUUUGGUGGACCACCACCCCACCAUGGUCGAGGUCCUCGCCAACGUGGGCCACCACACCGCAGGGGUGGACCGCCAUGCCAUGCAGGUCCCCCCUACGGCAGGCCUCCACACCAUGGCGGGCCACCGUACAAUGGCGGACUACCGUACCAUGGCGGGCCACCACACCACGGAGGACCACCGCCCCACGGCGGCCCACCGCACCAUGGCGGGCCACCACAUCAUGGUGGACCACCACACCAUGGUGGACCACCACACAAUGGUGAGACACCAUACAGCAAUGAAGAAGAUACUUAUGAUAAAACAAAUGACAAUAACAAUAAUCAAGAUAACGACAAGCAGCCGAAUACAAAUGGAAAUCAAAAUCAGACACAAAAUAAACCAAGUACCACCACGACCAAACCUUCCACUUCUACUACUGAAAACGUGAAGGAUGAUGAAUAUGAUCUGGACAUAAGGUUUGGAGAUACAACUCAGAAGCCUAAGACUAAGAACUUUAUACGAUCACUAUCUCAUGUUUAUUUUCAAGCCAGUGCUGUUACACCCCAAUACUGAUGAGAAAAAUUGAGGCAAUUAAAUUUGUAGUAUGAAAUAUUUACUAGUUGAAUUUUUACUAGGUAAAUAUAUUUAAAAUACAGACAGCAACUGGAUAUAGUUAAAUUAUUACAACAAAGAUAUUGCUAAUGCAUACUUUAAAGUAAAGAAGUUGUUGAAUUCUAUAAUAAUCAUAUGAUCAAAUUGUAACCAUAACCACUUUGUGGUUACCUACUUAACUGAGAGACAAGUGUUGCUAUAAAUUCUUUCUAGAGUUUUUCUGUCUCGAACACUCGUAUUAUUUAUAUCCAUUAUUAAUAAUUAUCUCAAAAAACUAAUAAUAAACGUUUCACAUUUA